AUGCACUUCACCGCCGCCACCAUUGCACUCUCGCUCCUCGCAGCCGCCACGGCUUCCCCUCUUUCACCCCGUCAAGGUGGCGCCUUCGUCGCUGUCGGCUUGAAGUACUCGGGCCCAGGAUGCACCGAUUCGACGCUGAUUAACGCGGAUCCUAUUUUCGGCAACGGAAACGUGUGUCAGCCGCUUGACCGGUUUGAUACUGGAGUACCGAUUCGGAGCUAUAGUACGUCGAGGGUUUCCGAGGGUUGUAGUGUGGCGAUUUAUCAGACUGCGGAUUGUUCGGGGACGGCGUUCCUGGCUCCCGUGGGCGGUUGUGUGACGGGCGAUGGGCCCUUUGUUAGUGCAUUUGUGACUUGUGCUUAGAAGUUGGACUCAAGCUUUUUCAGGGGUUGUAGAAGGGUGGAUACGUAGGGCUUCUUGAGGUGGAAAGUGUAGAUUAGCUAUCUUGAGCCUAGCAAUGGGCAUGUGGAUAGUCGUUGGAGAUGCGAAUGGAAAUGUGAAAUUGUAUUCAU